CGUAUUUUAAUAUUAAACAAAAUACAAAUAAUACGUAGCCAUACGUACAAACGCACACACAUAGAUGUAAUUGUGUUGCAGAUUAACAAAAAUAAUGUUUUGUGUCUUCUUUUAUUAGCAUGUGUGAAAUUAAAAUUGUUCAAGAGCAUAGAGUGUAUCGUGACGGGGAAAAUGCAUAAAAUAAUGGAAAAGAAAACGGAAAGAAAUUGUUAACGUGUGUUUCGGUAAAAAUUAAAUCAAAUAAAUGAAAAAUGUGAAUUGCGCGCAACUAAAAUGCAAAAUAAUAAAAUAUUUUUUGCGAAACAACAAAAAAUUUGUGCAGUUCUUAAAACUAAUCAAUACAAUAAAAUUUUCAAUAGCCAUAGCCUGAUGUGCAACAUAUGAGCAACAUCAUAAAUUAAUCUUAAAAGACGGUGGCAUCGAGUAAUAUUGUACAAGAGCGAGCGAAAGACGAAAAACGUGUGAAAGCAAAGAGUACAAAAAUUGUGAAGUAGCAGCACGGAGAGGAGCAGAGCAGAGAAAAAGGCAGAAGCGGCAGCACUCCAUCGAUUUUUGCAAAAACAGGCGCCAUCAAAAACACAGGCAGGCCGAGGAGAAGAUUUAAAUUGACUGCACCGCACACAAAUCUUAGCACAGGGCUGACGUCCCAAACACCCAAAUAGAACAUCAACGAUUGGACGGCUCAUAACAUAUAGUUCAAUAAUACUAAGAGCAAUAUUUGGACCAACAAAUCGAGCAAUCGGAAGGCAGGCGGCGUGAAAUCUCGUCAAAUUUUUCGUCGUUGUCGUGCAUAGUCGCCGCCAUCUCAAUACAUCAAUCCCCAUUUAUUACAAAACAGUUUAUCACAACAGCACAGGCCAGCCAAUGGAACGCGCAUGGAUCUCGACCUCGACCGUUCCUAUUGCAGCCAUAGCAGCAGUGGUAACAGUGGCAACAGCAGCAGCCCAACAUCAUUGAAAGCGGCACGUAAGCAAACCUAUGCGUCAUGGAGACCAGCACAACGGCAGCGAAUUUAACGCAGGAAUUGAAACCCUCUUCAGCCAGCAGUCUACAGGCUCAGCAGCAACAACAGUUGCCAUUACAACAAAAUUAUACGGCCGUAAGUGAAGGAUUAACAGCCUCAGGUAGAGCAACGCAGCAGCAGCAAUUGGAUAAGCAUGAGGCAAACACAUUGUUUACUGCUGCAGGAACCGCACCUGGUUUGACGGGGCAGGGGCAACAACCGCCGCCGACGACGACGUCGAUGUCAAUAAUGAUGACAACGACAACAAAUAGCAGCACAGCAGUGACAUUGGGUGAACUGAAUUUGCCACCGCCGCCACCACAAAUCCCAGUUGCUGGCCCAGCCGGUGGUGGUGUUACGUUGGGUAGCCUGUUGCCCGCACCGCCUGCAUCUACAACAACAACAACACUUCCAAUAGCAAUUGGAUGUCCAACAGUGGGAGCAGCGACAGCAGCAACGAUAACAACGCACUCAAUAAAUAAUGAUGUGGCCACAUCUGUUGCAGCAACCGCAGCAUCAGCACCGCCAGCGUCACAAGCUCCAGUGCCAAACUCUUCAGCCACAUCCGGUCUGAUCGGUCCCAGUGCAAGUGAUUUCGACUCCGAUACAGAGCUGUCUGUACUGGCCUCUGCCGAUCGACGUAGUUUGUCAACUGCGGGUGCUGUUGGUGCUGCCACAACGGGUGCUGAUCCCGGCGCAACGCCAACCUGCAAUAUAUCAUCGGGAGCAAAUGUGACCGGUGGGGCAGGAACGGCACUGUUAGCUUCCGCCUCAGCCGUAACCACAAAUGGCCAUAAUAACAAUAAUGGCAGUGCCCAGCUCAGCCUGAAUGCGAAGCAACAACGGCAACAAAAACGACGUCGGGAGCGGGCACAACGGCUCCAAGCUGAGCGCGACAGUCGCUGCAAUGCGAGUGCGAUGAAUGCGAACAUGAUUGGAGGUGGUGUGCCUGGUGCUGGAGUGGGUAUGGGCGCUGGUGGUACCUGUAUAGCUGCCGCACCAUCCUCCAUGCAUAUGGGCAAUAUUGGAAUGGGAGCGGCAAUGCUAUAUCAUGUGAACAGUGCCGGGAGCAUGGGUGAAGAUAGCAACAACUCAAAUGGCAACUUCACCAGCAGCAGCAAUGGCAGCAACAAUCUGUUGCCACCCACAGAUAGUAUCGCCUCCUUAUUGUUAAAUCCGCCGCAUUCACCGGAAUGCAAUUCGGGACUCAUGGCCACGCCAAGUGAUAGCGAGGGCGAGUCUCUUGAUGAAGAUCUCCUAUCGACGUCAUCGUCAUCCACGUUACUGCUGCCACGUGACAAACCACCGCCUCGCCCGCCACCUCCGGUGCGACGGAAAUUGCCGCGCUCGCCCGUCCUCGAGGAGGAGAUCAUCGACGGAUUUGCCAUAUUGGAGUUUAAAACGUACGAGGAUCUCGAGUUCGCCAUCAAGCUCGGGCAGAAGCGUAAAGAGAAACGCCUUUCGGCCCUCGAGGAGCUAACGUGCACGUACAGCAUAGAGGAAAUGAAAAUGCCAAAGAUCAUAGAUACCGGUCAGCCGCAUCCGUUGCGUGGAACCAAUCUUGGAGCUUUGUCCGUUGCCAGCAAUAAUAAUCUAAAGGAGAGCAAUCACCAUCGUGUCGUUGGUAUUGGCGUCACAGUUGUGGGCAACAACAGCAGCUCGAAUAUCAACAAUUUGAUGACCAAUACAAGCAAUGGAAACAACAACAGCAACAGUUACUUGUCUGGCACGGUCUCAAUGGGCGCCACAGCCGAUCCAGAAACUGUGGCGCAUUGGCGGGCACAAUAUCAACAACAGCAACAGGAGCAGUUAAGCGGCAAUGGCAGCAGCAAUGCAAAUCAAAAUCCAAUUAGCAAUAGUUGUAACCACCACAUGAACCAAUCCAAGCAGACCAAUUCCAUAAUACCCAACGGAUCUGUCGAUCCCAACACCAACAGCACAACAAACAACACCAAUUGUGGCAACGGAAACGGCAAUGGGAACAAUAACAACAACAACAGUUUGCUAGAAAAUGGCAGCGACACACACAUGCUGGACAUCAGCAGAUCAACCAGCACCCAUGAGCGUAUGGAUACCAGUGGCAGUGUUUCCGAAUCCAAUAGCUCAGUGCCGAUGAUGGUGGGCAACGAUAUGGAUGUGAGCGUUGAUUACAAUGGUGAUGGAAAGGGCACAAAAUCAAAUACUAAAGCACCAACAACAAAUACACACAAUCAUUCAAGUGCUGGACUAUCCUCAUCAACGUCAGCACAAUCGCCAAAUAUGAAACAGAAGCUGCACAAUAUGGAAGUUAACGAUGCCGCCACUACUGCAGCAGUGGGAGCAGCGACAACGCCAGGCAGCAUACCGCUUGAAAUCCAAGGCUUAACUCUCGGCUCAGCGCAGGUCGUUGGUGCCAACAACAUAAUGCUUCAUCAGGAUCACGAGCUUAAAGAUCGCUUCAGUGAUGCGCCGAGUCGUUGCAGCAGCAAUAGUAAAGGAAUUAAUAUCUGUGAUAGUGGCAAUGGGGAGAAUAAGAGUUCUGAAAAGUUGGUAGCUAUAGUUUUUCCUUCAACACCAACACAUGUUUCCAAUGCCACGCCAAGUCCGACGACGCCGCGCAAGUCCUCCGACUAUCCACAGCAGCAGGCCACGGGCGGAACUUUUGGACAACCCGUUGGCAGCGAUCCUGUGCUCUCAACAUCAUCAUUGAAGCCGCCAUCGCCGGCGGUGGUUAGCGGCUCUGGCAUUGUGACGAGCAUGGGAGGACCCGCUGUUGUGGCUACCAGUGAGAGUAGUGUCGCUAUAGCAACAUCACCGAGCGCAUCAAUGGUGACGGCGCCAACGAUAGCAGGUGGUAGCAGCAGCAACAGUGGCGUUGGCGGAAUGCCCAACUUUGCAAGCGAAACGGAAAAAUCCAUGGGUCCUGCCACAGUCGCCAACGUGGGGCCAACGUCUGUCCAUUCCGUGCUGGUCAGUGCGAACUUUGCAGCCGGUGCGGCCCCAGGAACACAGUUAACGACGGGUACUGGUGGUGAGACACAGCUUACAGCAGCAACGGUGCCAGCGCCUGGCGCUCAUACAUUAGCACCGGCGCCUGUCUGCGAACCAGGCACUCCCAUCUUUACCACCAAGCUGUCACCCGGGCCGGGUCAAGGAGGACUGCUUGUUAGUGUGGGAAAUGCGCCGCCGAAUGCAACUGCGGUUUUGCGACCACCAGUUUCAAUGAUGGCGGGAGCUCCAGCACCAACGGCCGGCGCAGUGGGUCCUUUGAUGACACCAUUUGGCAACCGGCUCAGCGCACCGCUUUCCCUGCCUUCGACGACGUCUACUACCGGCAUUUUGGGCGGCACACUCAAAUCGAACGAAUCAGUUCAGCAGCAGCAACAACCAGGCGGUGUCAACAAUUCUGCGAACAGCAACGUCGAGGUCAUGAAGUCUGUGGUUGCUGGCGGUGGACCCUCUGCGCCGGCGAAUGCACAGUCUGUGGUGAAUGGAUUUUUGGGCGGUUUUCCGCCUGGCAGUGCUGUGACGACAAACAUAAGCGUCGUUGGUCCGCCGACCCGCAUCUCACCGCACUCAGCGGCAAAGCUUAGCCAAAACAGCGGUGCGCUUGUCUCCACAUCUACGGCUGUUCCUACAAGCACAAUGUCCAUACCGGUUUCCUCCGCUGCCGUUUCUAAUCUGAGCAAACUGUCCUUUAAUGCAGGAACUGCAACAAUUGGUGGUGGUGGUAUUGGUGGCGGUGGUCCUCAAACAGUGGCUGUGGCCGCUGCUGCCGCCGUCGCCCAUGGUUUGGUGUUUCCCGGCGCCCCACCACCGCCCAUAUCACAUGUGGCAGCGGGCCUGCCCAUGCUAAUACAGGCACCGUAUCGGCAACCCUAUGGCAAUUAUCCAUUGUAUGCACCAUACAGCAAUAUUGCGCAUAGUCCGUACCUGCCACCGGUGGUAGCCUCUCCCAGUGCGUCACCAUCGCCGCACCGUGGCACCGAUAGUCGCGGCAAUCGUGAAUCGCCAGCAGCAGCAUCGCAAAAGGUACCAAAUAACUCACAACCACUGUCAGUGGGUGGUGGUUCAGUGGUUGGCGGCAUGCGUCCCAUCACUCCACUCUCCAACGCCGGCGGAACAAAUGGCAUCAACAAUACAAAUAGCAGCACCAGCAUCAAUCCAAAUCUUGGCGGGACCAACACACCAUCACAAACGACAGCAACAGCGGGAACGGCAACGAGCGCGGCUGCACCACUGCCGUUGCCGCCGCCCCCACACACAACUACCCAUCCACUCAAUCACACGCACUUGGCGCCACAUCAUAUGUCCGUGCCAUAUGCGACCGGCAACUAUGGAGGUGCACCUCCAAUGGGACCCGCAGCGACCUCAGCAGCAAGCAGCACAGCACCACCAGCCGUUAUCACAUCCAUAGCACCUGCGCCACAGCUUUUGCCCCCACCGCCGCCACAUGUGCUCGCCCAUGCUGGGCAUGCCGGCCAUUCCGGACAUCCCGGACACUUAUCACAGCCGAGUGUACCGAUGUCGGCCGUCACACAUCUGUUGAGUACUCAUCCACAGUUUGUGGCACCACCAUCAACACAGCAUCAGCAUCUUUUGCGUUGCGGCAAUCUGCAAACUUCCGGAGUAUCGGGUGGUAGCACCUAUAGCGCCUCAUCGCUUAGUGGAAUUGUGCCAAGUUCAGCAACAGUGUCGGCAGUGUCGGGGCAACCAAUUUCGUCUUCAGCUUCGUCGACAUCCUCAUCUGUGAUCCAGAAGAUUAUAUCACCCAAAAGCGAAAGCCCCAUCGGCAAGGAUCGUGACAGCAGUUACAGCAUUGCGGCAAUACGUUCGACCGGCACCUCGGGAACGUUACAAGUGGGACCGCAAGGCAUUGCUUUGGGUCCCACAUUUGGCGGCUUAGUGCCGUCUAGUCCUUAUGGCACGGUUGCUGUUUCAAUGCAAUCAACAUCGACACUGCAGUCGUCCUCGGUACUCGCCGGACCCGGCAUGGGUGGUGGUUAUCCACCAAAGACGGCGCUCUGGUUGAACGCUCCAGGUAUGCCAACAUCGCAGGCCAUCACAAGCACGGCGCACGCGCCCUCGGUGAACAGCAACAGCGUUAUUGGUGGCGGUGGCGGUGCACGACCAACUCCACCACCUUCGCUAAAUGUGAACACAUCUGCGACAGUGACAAAUGCAAAUUCGCCGCAUGCCAUGCAUUCCACGGCGGGCAGCGGAGGGCCGCCGUAUUUUGCCACACCACUGGCGCCUUCCCUGGCCGGCAACUCAACACUAACCGGGGGUGUGGUGGCCAUCAGUUCGGGUGCGCCUUCGAUUAAUACUUCAACGGCGGUGCCGGCCAUAAUGACAACGGCUACAACAACAACGUCAGCCAGCUCUGUGAACACAUCCCAAUCACCGGCAGCGUCAGCAGUGGCCGCCAUCACCCCAACGCCACAUCCCUUCUCCGCAGAAUCUCUCUUUCAGCCAAACAAGAACGAUCAGGCUGAUUUAUUGCGUCGGGAGCUGGACAGUCGCUUCCUGGAUCGUUCUGGCUUGGCUGCGCCCCCACCACCCAAUCCGCCAUCGACAUAUUUACGUCAAGAGCUGCAUCAUCACCAGCACACGCAUUUGCACCAACACCAACAGCUGUUGCCAUCAGCCGCCGCUAUGUCCACAACACUGCCGCCCGCACCGCCAACGCCGGCUCCAAUAUUCCCGCCACCGCUCUUCAAAGACAUUCCCAAAAUGGCCGCUGUCGAUCCGCAGUUCUAUCGCUCCAGCAUCGGAUUGCCUGGCUAUACGGGCUACAAUCCAGCGGGCCUACUGCAUCCAGGCCUGGGCGGUCCAACUCCGUUUAUGCCACCCAACCAUUUAACAUCAUUUGCACCCAAGUCGCUACCACCACAAACACCACAAUCACAACCACAAUCAUCAUCGAUACCCACUUCAACAACAUCGAACAUAGACCCAUCCAAAAAUCCCAGGUCAAUGAAAACUGGACGUUGGAAUGCGAUGCACGUGCGCAUUGCGUGGGAGAUUUAUUAUCACCAGAACAAACAGAAUACCGAGAAGCCGUUGGUAGCUGGUGGUGGUCUAAGCGGUUCCACACUUGGUGGUAACGCUGGCAUCAAUCCAGGCAAUCCUUGCGGCUCUAUCGGUGUGGGCAACGCUGGUGGCGGAGGUGGUAGUGGUGCUAGCACACCGGCGAGCAGCGUCUCCGCCCCUCCGACCUCAAUAAGCGGCGGUGUGGUUUCCAGCAGCGGUCCAAUACCACCACCGCCGACAUUGGCCACUGCAUCGGCAAUGGGUAUAAAAGCAUCACCGAGUCUGACGCUUAGUUCAGCGGCACCUCAUAUGUUGCACAGAGCGGGGGAACUGCCACCGGGAUAUGCGAGCGCGCUACCCGGAAGAUCGCCCUUCGAAACAUCGCCGCUGGCCUCGAGCUUCAUUGGCGCCCCACCCAGUCAUAUUGGCACCGCAGUUUCCCCCUUCGGCCGCUACGUAGCACCGUUCCCGUUCACCACCGGCAUCGCGCAUUUCGGUCGUGAAAUGCCUUUAGGCGGACCCUUGGAUCCGUGGCGAGCCAGCGCCAUGCCACGUAGUGUCGCAUAUCAUCCGGUAUCCGCGCCCAGUGGUUGGCAAUUAAAAGCGGAUCCAGCACUGGAUAAUGCCCGACGGGAGGCCGAGGAGCGUGAACGCGAACGUGAGUUGCGCGAGCGCGAGCAACGAGAACGCGACCGGCAAAGACGCGAGCGUGAGGAACGUGAGCGCAAGGAGAAGGAGGAGAAACUAAAGCGGGAGCAGCAGGAGCGUGAAAGGGAACGGGAACGAGAGCGCAAAGAACGCGAGCGACGCGACAUGGAGCAGCGGGAGCGUAUGCUGCAACAGCAGCGCAUCAAUGAAAAUAACAAGCAAGCUGCGGCGGCGGCAGCAGCAGCGGCAGCCGCAGCGGCUUCUUCGGGACCGUCACGAGAUCGUUCGCCUCAUCGAAGCGUCGGGGAACUCAACACGGAGAUACGAAUCAAAGAGGAGCAUCCGCGCACCAAAGAGGAACAGGAUGUAAUGAUGAUGCGUGCCUCCGCGGCUGUCGGUGACCCGCGUUAUCAUCCCUCGCUAGCUGCAGCGCAGGCUAAUGCCGCAGCAGCGGCGGCGGCCGCGCACCACCAUGCCAGUUUUAUGGCUGCUGGUGGUCGACACGGACCGCCGCAUGGACUACCCCCGCCUCCGUCGCACCUGUCACGCACAAUGAUGGCGCCCUCGAUGGGUGUUGGCAGCCCGCUUACUCAUUUUGCACCGCCCGGUCCGCCCGGCUGGGGCAUAGAUCCAUAUCGGGAUCCCUACACACCAAUCCUGCGCUACAAUACCAUGAACCCCAUCAUGGAGGCAGCUCUGCGACAUGAGGUGGAGGAGCGUCAGAAAGCGAUGAACAGCAUGUAUGCCGUACAGUCGGCGGCUCAUUUGCGUGGCAAGGAGCCAAGCCCCAUACCCCCGCCCUCGGUCGGUCCACUCGGUCCGCCACCACAGCAUCAUCGCAUGCAACCGACUCCGAAUAUGGGCGGUGCCCCUGGUGGACAGGCGCCCGCACAGCCCCCCUCUUCGCAAGUCCAAAUGCCCACGGGCAUUGUGACGAGUAAAGGGCCGGGACCGCCUCCCUCAAUGGGCAUGCCCGUCCAACAUGUGAUCGCGGUGGACUCCAUGGGUCAUCCAACAGUGACCACGAAAAAGGAGCCCGACCACUCUGUGGGCAUUGUGAACAGUGGGCAGGGUGUUGGCCUAACCACUGUACCUGCUGGAGUUAUGGGCAUGUCCCCGGCUCCUUCCGUGGCGCCUAGUCGAUGAUAAAUCCAUGCCCAGCAGCCGUAGCAGCAGCAAUAUUUAAUAUUUAAAUAGCCAAUUAAAUUGUGAAAUUUUAAAAAUUUCAAGCACUUUUAGCACCAUUCUCUCCCUUAUCCCUCCUCACCACACCUCACCUAACUUCACCACACCAAACCACACCUCUCCCCUGUCCACAACAAUGUUUGUCAAUGAGAAAACACCAAGAGAAUAAGCGAAACGCUUUUUGUAAAGUAGAAACACGAAACAAUACCGAACUUGAAAAUUGUAUGUAUUUUUAUGUAACAAGGUUAAAAACAAAAACAAAACAAAUCUCGAUAUAAAAACGCAUGUAUGUUAAAAAGCAAAACAAAAAACAAAAAUGAAAACAAAAAGAAUGCAAAAAAGCAUCAGAACGAAGGAGAGGAAGAUAAAAGAUGAAUCGCUCUAUUCUAUUACUGACUUUCUAUGCAAUCCUAUGUACUGAGCCGCAACGCUGGUGACACGCUGCUUCCCUCUUACGUCUUGGCCGCAGCGGCAGACGGAACAUAACACAACUACUUUAACUUAUAUAUAUGCAUAUAUAAAACAAAAAACAAAACAAAACCAACUAAUACUUACUAGUAUGAAUUAGAAAUUUAGGCUCGAGUAUAUAUAUAUAUAUGUAUAUAUAUAUACAUAUAUAUAUAUAUUAUAUAUAAAAGUAUAUAUAUAUUUAGUGCAUUUGUAUUAUUUGUAUAAUGUGAAAUUGAGAGAGGCAAGAAGACGUGUUGAAGAGAUACUAUAAUUAGAUGUAUAUACACACUUACAUACAUACAUACAUAUACAUGCAAACAAUCUCAUACAUAUAUGUAUGGAUGUCAUCGGUGCCCAUUACAUGGAAUGAUCAGUGCACCUGAUAUAUAGCCACAUACACAUAUAUGUGACAUUAAAGCACAAAUAUGUGCACAUAUGUAUGGUGCACAUGAUUGGAAAAAUAUGAUUGAUUUCAUGGGGUGCUUUUGGCACAGGUUGGGAGGAAAAAA